GGGGUGAAAUUCUUUCGUGUAAACUGUAGCUACCACCGAUCUCUCUUCCUCAUACCGCGGGGUCUAUUUCAUGGAUGAUGGUUGUGAGAAGAUAAAGGUCGUCCCUGAUCACUUUCAAUUUCCAAUAUCUGCUGUAGAAUCUCUUGAGAAAACAACACUUUCUUUUGCAAAACCUAGAACUGCUAAAUCUUUUGAGGCAUUUUAUCCUGGUGGAAAAGGGGAAAGAAACCCAUGAUCAGAAAGUCAUUAAGAGAGUUUGACUCUGUUUGAAAUCAAUCACUUAAUACAGCAUUGUUUAGGACUUGGCGCCAUCUGUGGACUUGAAGAACAUCAAGGGCUGCUUCCAUGUUGAAAUUGUUUACUCUUUGGGGUCUGCCAUGGCGCUCCAGUAGUGGUGGUCAGGGAAAGGUUGAGCUAACAGCUGCAGAAGUAGAGUCACUUCGAUCAGAACUUGCCGAUAUAGAAGAAAGGGAAGCUCAACUGAAAGCUCAGUUGGAAAAUGUUGAUGAAGUUUUGCGGUCAGCUCGUCUAUCGGGUUAUUUAUACAUCCGCACGAGAUGGAUAGCACUUCCAGGAGAACCACCACCUAUAGAUGAUACUGAUGUAGAUGAUUGGCUUCCUCGCUUUAUUGUUCUUCAUGGCGCAUGUCUAUUCGUAUAUUUGUUGUGUACAGAUCUUAGUCCUCAUGACUCGGUGCUUCUAUCUGAUAUUGUUGAAGUAGACCAACUACCAAGUUUUAAGCGUGAAGAUGAUGACAUGCGAUACGCCUUUUAUAUUUUAACUCGUCAUGGUUUACGAUAUGAAUGCUCAAGCAGUUCUAAGAUACAGGUGGACUCGUGGUUAUCAACUUUACAAUGUGAUUGCAAAUUGGAAUCUGAUACAUCAACUGCCAAUGGUUCAGUAGAGAUGUAACAUACUUUACCCCUUUUCUAUGACUUUAAGAUACAUGUGUAAAUAUGAAAGUAAAGCCAUUAUCUUCUUUUUUUGUCUUGUUUUCUUGUACAUACUAAAUAAGGUAAAAAGGUAGCGUUAAUUGAAUAGAGACCGAUGAUUCUUUUGUCACUCACCGCUCAUUCUAGGACUUGAUUGACCCAUUCGGCUUUAAAUUUUCGAACAUUGCAAUUUUGAUGAUCUUCUCCGACAUUUAGUGAAGUUGAUUUGUUUUGUGAUAUAUCAUUUAAAUUAAAAUUAUAUUUUGCUAUAUACUUUGUGCAGUGCAUUGUGCAGUGCCUAAAACAAUGACAUGAAAAUUGUUGUGCAAUGCAUGGAUGCAAAAGGUGAAAAUAAAAUCUGUUAGGAACCUGGAGUACAAAAUAGAGGAAAGCAAAGAAAAAUUGUAUUUCUUGAUUGAUC